AUGACACUCUACAUCGAUGCAGAGCAAUCACUGGAGCAGUCAAGCGACCUUGACAGAAUCUGGCUCAUAUUUUCCAAAGAUGAUCUCCCCAUCGUCGUACGCUUCCUAGCAAGCUGGACGACACUCCCUCCCUGGCUCGGGUCUGCACCUAAACACGCCAUCCAAGCCGUCCGAGUUCACUUACACGCCAACUCUCUGAUAUACGGUUACCCUCGACGCCUUCAGUGGUCUAUAGACCACUGGAGAGAUUACAUCUUCCCUCUUCUCCACGGCUCUAUUGUCUCAACCAAGUUGGAUUAUUUCUCGCCAUUUGAGCGACCCUAUCAGUUUACACGGCAAAUUCGUAACACGAUGCGGGCUGACUUUGCCGUUGAAUCGAAUGGACCGGCCAAUAUUGACUGGCGGGAGCGCAUAUACUCCAUCGAAAACCGCAUCAAGUGCUGCCAAAAGAAGUCCGUCAGAGCAAUGCGUGUUGCCCGAGCGGCCGGCGACUCGAUGAGCCUGGCUCCCCUGGCCCACAUUAUAUUUUCCUUCCUCCAUGAUUUACACGCUUUCACCCUCCACGAAAAGUCGUGGCCUACCGACCGUCACCACGAAAACUUCGAAAUCCUUGUCCAACGCACGCUGCAAUACAUCAAACUCCUAUAUGAACUCUCUGAUGCCCACCAGACUUCCCCCCGGCGGCGGCGCGAGGCCCGCCGCUUCUGCAACCACGCCGCGAACGACAUCCGCUUCUGUCUGGGUGUCCUGUGCGCGCAACAACGCUUCCCCUUCACCUUCAGCAACCUGGGCAACUUCAACCGCCAGCAGAUCGCCGAUGUCGGCGGCCAAAUACUGUGGCGUGAUUAUUAUCAUCGCCUCGAAACCAUCUUCGGGAUCCUCUUGGACGACAUCGACGAAGUCCUCGACGACAUCUCGACGCCAUCACUGUAUCUCACCGUCAACUUGAUGCACCGCGCGCUGUGCUACGCGCAGGCAUCGAGCACCAAGCGAGCAGAACGGUAUUUGUCCGCGGCAAUCCGUCUCUGUGCGCCAGCCGAAGCUGAUGCGGUGGAGUGGACGGCGCUGGAGAUGGCGAAAAUAUAUGCGGUAUGGUGGGAACUUGCGCCGGCCAUGCGUGCGAAGCUGAAACUGCCGACAGAGCCGUCCGACUGGCCUGAAGAUAGUGAGUGGUCGUGGACGUGGAAUAAAGAUUCGCGGCAGGUCCUUCUCGAGUAUGCGAAGGUGGUCUGGGCGGAUCUGGUGAGGCAGAGGUAUGGAAGUGAGGAGGUUGUGGUGUUGAGAGAAUGGAGGGAGCUUUGA